AUGUCGGAUCCAGGGAUGGAGCGGAGGCGCGAGGCGGGUCCCUCGCGCGGGUACGAGCCAGCGCCUGUGGACGAUGAGCCGCGUGUGAACCCGCUGGACCAGUUUACUGCGCCGGCGGAGCUGUUGAACGAGUAUGCGGACGACUCAUACGACCCGAUGGCGGAGCGCGCCGAGUCACACCAGAUUCAGUCGCGCCAGUCGGACUACCAGAAGCGCCGCUUCAACCGCGACCCCGGUCCGCGCGACGGUGCGGAUGAGAACUAUGCGGACGCGAUGCGCCGCGCGAACAUUGAGCGCGAAGAAGAGCGCGUGCGCCGCUUUAUCGAGGACAAGGAGAAGCGCGUCGACGAGCCGGAGGAGAAGGAAAAGGUGGCGCCGGACGCGACGCCGCGCGUCGAGCGCAAGCGCCGCUGGGACGUUGCGCCAGAGGAGCCGGAGGAGACCAAGCGCCGCCGCUCGCGCUGGGACGAGACGCCGGCCGAAGAGCCGAAGCGCUCGCGCUGGGACGAGACGCCGGCGCGCGAGCCGCAGCGCCGCUCGCGCUACCUCUCGGACCAGGAGCUCGACUCGCUGCUGCCGAAAGAAGGCUACAAGAUCGUCGAGCCGCCGCCGGGCUACGAGCCGAUCCGUGCGCCGGGCCAAAAGCUGAUGGAUGCGCCGAACGCUGACGCGGGCUUUACCAUGCAAGAGGUGCGCGACGAUGCCGGCGCGGGCGGUGUCGGCGAGAUGGGCGCCGACCUGCCGACCGACGUGCCGGGCAUUGGCGAGCUCGCGUUUAUGAAGCCCGAGGACCAGGUGUACUUCAAAAAGGCACUGGUCGAAGAAGGCGAGCAGCGCCUGCCGAAAGAGGAGCGCCGCGAGCGCCUCAUCCUGCAGCUCCUCUUGAAAAUCAAAAACGGCACGCCGCAGCUGCGCAAGCAGGCGCUCAAGCAGCUCACCGAGAGCGCGCGCGUCUUUGGCGCGGGGCCGCUCUUUGACAAGAUUUUGCCACUGUUGAUGGAGCGCACGCUCGAGGACCAGGAGCGCCACCUGCUUGUCAAGGUGAUUGACCGUGUGCUGUACCGCCUCGACGACCUCGUGCGCCCGUAUGUGCACCGUAUCCUGGUCGUGAUCGAGCCGCUGCUCAUCGACGAGGACUACUUUGUGCGUGUCGAGGGCCGCGAAAUUAUUAGCAACCUCGCCAAGGCCGCGGGCCUCGCGCACAUGAUCUCGACGAUGCGCCCCGACAUUGACCAUGCGGACGAGUACGUGCGCAAUACGACUGCGCGUGCGCUCGCCGUCGUCGGCACGUCGCUCGGUGUGCCUGCGAUCCUCCCGUUCCUGCGCGCCGUCUGCCGCUCGAAAAAGAGCUGGCAGGCGCGGCACACGGCGAUCCGUGUCGUGCAGCAGAUUGCGAUCUCGAUGGGCUGUGGUGUGCUGCCCCAUCUGCGCGCGCUGGUCGACUGUAUCGAGAAAGGGCUCGAGGACGAGCAGCAAAAGGUCAAGACCAUGACCGCGCUCGCGCUCUCGGCGCUCGCCGAGGCCUCGGCGCCGUAUGGUAUCGAGAGUUUUGAAAACGUGCUCAAGCCGCUCUGGAUGGGCAUCCGGCAGCACCGCGGCAAAGGCCUCGCGGCGUUCCUCAAGGCGGUCGGCUUCAUCAUCCCCCUGAUGGAUGCGGACUCGACGCUGUACUUUGUCAAAGAGGUCACGCCCACGCUCAUCCGCGAGUUCCAGUCGGCGGACGACGAGAUGCGCCGCAUUGUGCUCAAGGUCGUGAAGCAGUGCGCGGCCACCGACGGCGUCACCGGCGCGUUCCUCCGCGAGGAGAUGCUGCCCGACUAUGUGAAGCACUUUUGGGUGCGCCGCAUGGCGCUCGACCGCCGCAACUACCGCGAGGUGGUCGCGACCACCGUCGAGCUCGCGCACAAGGUCGGCGUGAGCGAGAUCGUGGGCCGCCUCGUGCACAUCCUCAAGGACGAGAGCGAGCCGUUCCGGCGCAUGGCGAUGGACGCGAUCAAGGACGUCGUCGGCCAGCUCGGCACGGCCGAUGUCGACGAGCGCCUCGAGGUCCUACUGAUCGACGGCAUGAUCUUUGCGUUCCAGGAGCAGUCGAUGGAGGACAAGGUCAUGCUCGAUGGCCUCGGCGUUGUCGCCGGCGCGCUUGGCAUGCGCACCAAGCCCUACCUGACGCAGAUCGUCUCGACGAUCCUGUGGCGCCUCAACAACAAGAACGCGCAGACGCGUCAGCAGGCCGCGGACCUCACCACGAAGCUCGCGAUGGUCAUCAAGCAGUGCGGCGAGGACGCGCUCCUCUCCAACCUCGGUGUCGUGCUCUUUGAGCAGCUCGGCGAAGAGUUCCCCGAGUCGCUCGCCUCGAUCAUCCAGGCGGAGAAUGCGAUCGCGAACGUGGUCGGCAUGACGCACAUGAAUCCCCCGGUCAAGGAUCUCCUGCCCCGCAUGACGCCGAUCCUGCGCAACCGCCACGAGCGCGUGCAGGAGGCGAGCAUCAACUUGAUCGGCAGCAUCGCCGACCGCGGCGCCGAGUUUGUAAGCGCGCGCGAGUGGAUGCGUAUCUGUUUCGAGCUGCUCGACCUGCUCAAGGCGCAGCGCAAGAGCAUUCGCCGCGCGGCCGUCAACAGCUUUGGCUACAUCGCCAAGGCGAUCGGCCCGCAGGACGUGCUGCAGGUGCUGCUCACCAACCUGCGCGUGCAGGAGCGCCAGAGCCGUGUGUGCUCGACGGUGGCGAUCGCGAUUGUCGCCGAGACCUGCGGUCCAUUUACCUGUCUGCCGGCGAUCCUGAACGAGUACCGCACGCCCGAGGCCAACGUGCAGCACGGGUGCCUCAAGGCGCUCGGCUGGGUGUUUGAGUACAUCGGCGAGAUGAGCAAGGACUAUGUGCACAGCGUCGUGACCCUCCUCGACGACGCGCUCACCGACCGCGACACGGUGCACCGCCAGUCGGCUGCGAGCAUCGUCAAGCACCUCGCGCUCGGCACCGCCGGCCUCGGGCACGAGGACAGCAUGCAGCACCUGCUCAACCUCGUGUGGCCCAACAUCUUUGAGACCUCGCCGCACGUCAUCAACUCGGUGAUGGACGCGGUGGAGGCGAUGCGCGUCACGCUGGGGCCGGGCGUCCUGCUCUACCAUGCGCUCCAGGGUCUCUUCCACCCUGCGCGCAAGGUGCGCGAGAUCUACGUGCGCACGUACAACACCAACUACCUCGGCGCGCAGGACGCCCUCGUGCCGUACUACCCCCGGUUCGACGCGUUCAACACGGAGCGCAACGACUACACGCGCCACGACCUCGGCGUGUUCUUGUAA